AUGCAGCCCUUUCCUGACCAGUUUAUGGAAUUCCACCCGAUACAUGGCUCAAAUGUCAGACUGGACGUCUCGGGAACCCAGGCCACACGUGUGGAGAGCUUUGCUAAUGGAGUGUGUUUCAGCAAACACCCUCUGAAGCCCGGGGAGAUUUUUCUCAUCGAGAUCGAGGAUAAGGAGCUGGGCUGGUGCGGCCACCUCCGGGUCGGCCUGACUGCCAGGGACCCCGGGGGAUUAGAUGCGGUACCUGAAUACUCCAUCCCAGACAUGACUGACUCAGGGGACAGCUGGGUUUUCGCCAUCACUCGCAACCACAACAAGGUCGUAGAGGAUCCUAUAGCGGGGGCUCAAGAGGCUGGAGACGCAGGACAGGCUGGGGGCCGGAGGCUCGGACGAGGGGAGGCUGGAGAUGCAGCUGGAGGAGCAGACAACACCAAGCCAAAGACUUUCUUCACUGACUCUCACUUGUACAUUGAGGAUUUUCGGAUCCCCAGGGACAAGCUGGUCGGUCGGAGCAGGCCCGGACGCUACAGCCACAUUUUGGAUGACUUGUAUAAGACCAACGCACUGCCUCCCACGGCCAGACGCAGCCGGAUAGGGGUACUGUAUGUGACUAAAGGGCAAGACCUGGCUGAUAUGCACAUUAUUAUCAACGGUGAGGACAUGGGUGCUUCCGCAAAGGGGAUUCCCUCCAUCCAGCCCCUCCAUGCGGUGGUGGACGUCUUUGCUGCGACCAAGUGUGUCCGGAUUGUCCAGGUGGAGUAUGGAUUCUCAUCCUUGCAGACAUUGUGUAGGAAAGCCAUCCAGAAGCACAUUGUCCACAGGAUGGCCCUUGACUGGCUGGAGCUGCCAGAGGCACUGAAGCACUACUGCAAAUAUGAGUGA